GUUCAUUUAUCAACCCUUCUCAAAUCCUUUCUUUCCUCCUCUUGCUCACGAAGAACCUACAUUAAAUAUUGAUUCUUCAGCUAUUAAUGAUUGUUUAACUAUUAAUGAUCCUUCAGCUAUUAAUGAUUGUUCAACUAUUAAUGAUCCUUCAGCUAUUAAUGAUUCUUCAACUAUUAAUGAUCCUUCAGCUAUUAAUGAUCCUUCAGCUAUUAUUUUGACGUUAUUAUCUAACCCUUUUAAUUAUUCCCGUUCUGGAUAA